UUAACUUUCAAAAUGUAUCAACGUGCGGUGUUCUUAAACUUACCCAAGGCUCAAUCAAUUGACAUUGAAUUUGAGAGCUUAACUUAUUCAGCUAAAAGAGGAUUUCGGGGUGUAAAAAAAAAUAUACUCAACGGCCUCACAGGAAGCUUCAAAUCCGGGGAAUUGACCGCAAUAAUGGGCCCCUCUGGUGCAGGAAAGUCUACGCUGUUGAAUAUUCUGACUGGAUUCAAGAAGAAUAACGUAGGUGGGAAAGUAAGCUACAUCGGGGCUGAUGGAAAGCAGGGAUGGAACGAGUACAAGAAAGAGUCCUGUUACAUCCAGCAGGAUGAUCAACUCCAUGUUUUGUUCACAGUUAAUGAGGCAAUGCACAUUGCAGCUGAUCUGAAGCUUGGAAAUAGCUUGAAUAAGAAGGCGAAGCAGAUGGUGAUCGAUGAUGUAUUGGACACCCUAGAUCUUACUAAAACAAAGGAAACUCGUUGCGACCGCCUCAGCGGAGGGCAGAAAAAGAGACUAAGCAUUGCCCUGGAACUCUUGGAUAACCCCCCUGUUAUGUUUUUAGACGAACCUACUACUGGGCUAGAUUCUUCUUCUUCGCUCCAAUGUGUGUCGAUGCUUAAGUCUUUGGCCCGGGGAGGCAGAACUAUAAUCUGCACUAUUCAUCAGCCCAGUGCAGCAAUCUAUGAAAUGUUUGAUCACAUCUAUCUCAUUGCAGAGGGGCAUUGUGUUUAUCAGGGUGCAGCGAGCAGCACUGUAGAUUACCUGAAUAGUGUAGGUUUGACUUGUCCCAAAUAUCACAACCCUGCUGACUACAUAAUCGAAGUUGUUAACAAGGAAUAUGGAAACUUCAAUGAGCAGCUUGCCACCGCAUGUCGCGAAGGAAACUGGCGAGGCCCACCUGCAAUCAAGAAUAUCCACGUACCUGAGAUAACAAGACGUUACAGCGACGAAGGCAAGGCAACAGUUCUCAUAAAUCCACCUUCUGAAUUCACGAGAUUUUGGGUACUCCUGAAUCGUUCUUUCAUUCAGUUGUAUCGUGAUUGGACUGUAACUCAUCUUAAACUGGGCCUCCAUUUUAUGGUGGGCGUACUUCUUGGCCUGCUGUACAUAGACGCCGGAGGAGAUGGUUCUAAAACCCUCAGCAAUGUUGGUUACCUUCUAGUGUCUUCUGUUUAUCUCUGCUAUACUAGCAUGAUGCCCGCAGUACUUCGCUUCCCCUCUGAACUACCAAUGCUUAGAAAAGAACAAUUCAAUAAUUGGUAUCAACUCAGGACCUUCUAUGCUGCAUAUUUGGUUGCCAACUUACCUGUGCAGAUGUUAUUUGCAGUGGUCUAUUGUUCUGUUUCAUACUUUUUAAGCAGCCAGCCAUUGGAUUGGAACAGAUUCCUGAUGUUUGUCGCGAUUGCAAUACUUACAACUCUCACUGCAGAAGGAUUAGGUUUAGUACUUGGAACAACAGUAAAUCCCAUUAACGGUACAUUUUUAGGAGCUGUGAUGACAGCAGCCAUGCUGACGUUUGCUGGUUUCUUAGUUCUUUUCAAUCAUAUGCCAGCAGUCCUUUACUACAUUAGUUACUUCAGCUAUUUACGUUAUUCUCUCGAAGGUCUUGUCCAGUCUGUUUAUGGUUUUAACAGAGAAAACCUACCUUGUCCCGACCAUGAAAUAUACUGCCAUUAUCGAAUACCAAAAGCUGUUCUCACAGAGCUGGCAAUGAACGAUAACAAGUAUUGGUUGGAUAUAAUUUUACUUUUCGCUCAUUUUGUGGUUUUAAGAAUCCUAGCCUACUGUACGUUAAAACGAAAAUUAGCAGUAUCCUAGAUUUAAGAUUUGAUAAUUCAACAUUUAAACGUAUGUAUUCUCUGAAAACUCUUUUUCACGUUCUUCAAAUUAAUACCGAAUUAUUUAAUGAUGACAACAGAGUUUCCUGACGCCAAGUAAUGAUAAUGUUUUAUUCGGAAAAGAAAUUUGCUAGCAUAAAAAUAUAAUUUCUGAGCUCGGAUAUCUUCCAUCAUCACUCGCUUGCGUCCAUGAAUUCUCAUUUUAUAUUUGAAUCGAUAUAUCGAAGCACAUGCAUAUCCCCACUACGAGUAUCUUCCCAUUCGCUCGCCACUGGAUUAAUUGUGAUUAAACGUUUUGUCGUACGUAUAUUUUUCCGUUAUAACCCCGUGUAUAUGUAUAAAUAAUCCUCGUUUCUAAUCGUGUAGUUAUCAGCAGUUGACAGUAAUUAUUUAAAUAUAUAAAUGACAUUAACGUCUGAAUCGCACUGUUUUUACCCAAAGCAUAAAAUUCAUUUGCAUUCCAUAUUACUUGUUUCUGUAUUUAUUCCUCAAUAGAAUAAACAGGGUAGCCUAGUUGUAGAAUUACAUAAAAUUUCCGAGAGGUUCCAAUUAUUCUCCAUGUGAUAUUUGACUAACGUUUCCUCUGAUUCGUUGACCCCUAUAAUAAUAAGAUUCAUUAAUUCCUAAGUACAUCGGUUUACCAAAAUUAAGGAGAGCAGAAGUUAUUUAUAAUUAUAUAAUAAUAGCAAGAAAAACCAUAACAACCACCACCGCCACAACAAUAACAAGAACAAUAAUAAUAAUAUUUUUAAUAGCGGUGGUGACGAUGAUGAUAUUUAACAAGUUGCUUCUGUUGUUUGCGUUGUUGAUUUUUUUUCUAUGAUCUGAAUGUCGUUGUACAUAUUUAAACAAAUAAGUGAAGGCUGUUUCAUUGAAAAAUUAAACAUAUGAAUAAACUUUAGAACACGAGGACAAUUAUUUAUCAAACUAAUUCUCAUCUGAAGUGUAUUGUUUAAGACAGAGAAAAAAAAAUUAAUUAUCAUAACACUAUAGUUAUAAUAACAUCAAUAGGUCCUAGAUACAAUUUUUUUAUCGUCAAUUACUUACUUGUGCUGCACACCGCUGUAACAUAUUUUUUUCAUUAACCUUGAUCAUCCUAAAAAUUUACGUUUUUCCGCUCCUACUACAGGGGGGAAAAUAUCACAAGUACUCAACUUAGUAGGUAAUAAGAAUAAUAUUGUUAAUACUGAUGAUAAUUAUUACUGCAAUACCAAAACGACUAGUAGCUGGUUUUUCUGGUCAAGAAGUAUUCUUGUAUGAAUGAUAUGGAAAUGAGAUAAAUUAUGCGUAUAGCUGACGAUAUAUUCGAUAGCUUCUUUAUAAUCGGUACUUACGCAUAUGAAUAAUUUGAUUUUAUCAGCGUACUCAACCCAAUAAUUUUGUCUAGAAAUAACGAAGUGGAAAGAACUGAAUAAAUACGUAACGCUAUAUUAUAUUAUUAAUAUGUGCAUAUUAUGUGGCAUGGCUGAAGAGUAGGGUUCUAUCAUAAUUGAGUAUAACAAUGAUAACCUGAUAAAAAAAAUAUUAUCAAGACGUUAUUAAAAUAUCUAAUUUCUUUAUCAUUCCAUUUUUUAAGCAAUUUCUCUGAUAUUUUCUGCUAAAUAUUCGCCACUAAUAAGUUUGGGAUUCUCUGUUUCUACCCACAUAUGUAUACAUACAUACAUAUAUCUUAUACCUAUAUUAUAUUUGCGAAAAUAAGUUAUUGUUAUUUUAAGUAUCUAUAAAACAUUGAAGAAAAAAAGGGUGUUACAUAGUGUUACCUUGUUUAUUUUUUGCUGUCUUUCGAUUGAAACUAUUGAUGAUGAAUAAAAUUAUUGUACGACCAGAA